AUGGAUAUCAUUUUGGGAAUUAGGGUGCAAGAUUCUGUUAUUCUGGCGACUUCGAAAGCCGUUACAAGAGGUAUAUCGAUUCUAAAGGAUUCAGAUGAUAAGACGAGACAGCUGUCUCCACAUACAUUAAUGAGCUUCACUGGUGAAUCUGGUGACACGGUGCAAUUCGCGGAAUACAUUCAAGCCAACAUGCAAUUGUACUCGAUAAGAGAGGCAUACGAGUUAUCACCUCAAGCAGUAUCCAGUUUUGUGAGACAGGAACUGGCUAAAUCGAUCAGGUCACGUAAACCAUACCAGGUAAAUGUUUUGAUUGGUGGUUACAAUGCGAAAACUGAGAAGCCAGAAUUAUACCAGAUUGAUUACUUGGGAACCAAGGUAGAACUGCCUUACGCAGCCCAUGGAUAUGCAGGUUUUUACACUUUCUCUCUACUUGACCGUCACUACCGUCCUGACAUGAAUGAGGAAGAAGGAUACAGUCUUUUGAAACAGUGUAUUCAGGAAUUGAACAAAAGAAUGCCAAUGGAUUUCAAGGGGGUAAUAGUAAAAGUGGUCGACAAGAAUGGUGUAAGGCAACUCGAUGAUAUUGAAUAA